AUGCUGGGACAGAGAACCCUGACACUCGGUCCGAUGGUCCCCUGCCCGAUACAUACUGCGAGGAAGCUAAGAUCGGCGUAUCCUUUGCUCUGUGCUCCUGUUCGUCACCCAACAAGAACAGAGCAGUACGAAUCGGAAACAGAAGACGAUCUUCUAGAAACAACAGAAGCAGAUACCGAAGAAGAAGAUGAUGAUGAUGAAACCACAACAGAGAGUGUGCGGAACACAACCAAAGCUGUGCUUUAUGACAAGAAAAAUAGUAAGAUCAAGGAUUGGAAGAAAUAUACUCAUUCAGAGAAGACCAUAGAGGAUAGGGAUUCUGUGCUGCUUUUUAGGACCACAACAAAAAAGAGGACCACUAAAGGCUUGUUCUUAGAUAAGUUGGACCAAGAACUAGACAGCCGGAAGAAGGCAGAGGACAAGUUCGAAAGCUUUAAAGCUUGGCAAGCUCGGACUUCGGAUGCUUGGCACCCAAGAUCUAUGGAGGGAUACGAAGCAAUACCGACGAAAAGCAGAAAACAGACAGCUGUUCUUUUAGAAGGAGAACCGGAGUUCCGUAGAUUUACUGACAUGGCAGUCACUACUAGCCCUGAGGCAUUAGUAGUGAGGCACAAAUGGAAGCAAACAAGGGACAGACCACAAAGGCCAGGAGCCAACGCACUUUUGAACCUACCUGUCACAGCGCACACUCAUCGGUCUUCAAUCGCCGCCAUGAUGUUUGACAAAGAAGACGUGGACCAACUGUUCCGCGACACAGGCUUCAACCCUAGUUGGAUGCGCCGACAAGGAAACAAGUGAUCGUUUAUACAAAAUG